UUCGCCGGUCGCCCCUGUUGAGGUGUUGAGGUGGAGAGCACACCAACUGACAUGAAGUCAAGCCUGUUCGCCCGAGAAGAGAUGGCUACCACGAUUUGGUGGGAAGAAGCAAAGCACAUCCUUUGUGGAAGAACACCCAGCUACUGGAUGUUAGGAUUGGUUUAUGGGGUCAGCAUAGGAACUGUUGAGGUAACCCCCGUCGCAAGAAAUAACUUGGCGGCCUUAGGCAUCUGAGAAGGUAGAGAUUGGGGCACUUCUUUUGGGGAAUUUAUAUCAUAUCCAUUGCAACCUUCUUGCAUCAAAAGCAGUAGCAAGAUAUGCCAUGACUUGGUUGUAGUGCUUCCCGCGUUCGAAAACCACUUGGUUGUAUCUCCGUCUUAAGGUGUGGACAGUGGGUUUUCAAGAACGGCAGUGGAGUAGCUCCAUGCAAUGCUGGAUUGAAGCUCAGAAGCAGUCAGAAGCAGGUCUCUCUUGAGAUGCCAUGGAGUUGGGAUGCCUCGUUGCUGGCGGUUUGGCUGAUCUGGAGUGUGAGCAGUGAUCCACUGGCGGAUGCGGGAGAGCAUGGAGACCUCACAAAGGUGACGCAGCCGGUUUACGUCGACAUCGCGAGUGGUCUGGUCUCCGAGUUUCGCACCACGCCAGCGCCGUGGGCGGCGGGGAAUCCGGAGAUGGAGUGGUUGGGCACUGGGAGAUCGGACGCGGCCGGGCGAACGGCCCUGCAUUGGGCUGCACGUUGGGGUGACGUAGAGGUGGUGGAGUGGUUGCUGAGCCAGCAAGGGUCGAAACCUGAGGUGGAAGCGAAGGAUCGAGUGGGCCAAAGGGCACUUCAUUUCGCUGCGAAGUAUGAUCACUUGGAGGUGGUCAAGAGUCUUGUGAACCAAGGAGCGGAUCUAAAUGCUCAAGAUGAGGAUGGCUGGACACCACUGCAUGGGGCUGCUGAAUAUGGCCUCGUGGACGUGGUGAAGUGGCUCCAAAGCCAUGGAGCCGACUCAGAUGUUCAGGAUCGGCGUGGCCGCACAGCUCUUCAUCAUGCAGCCACCACUGGACAGCUGAAAACGGUGCAGUGGCUGAUGAGGCAUGGAGCCAGUGUCCACUUGAAGGAUUGGGAGGGGCUCACUGCGUUGGGGGUGGCGGCCACGGCAGGACGCUGGGAGAUCGUCGAGGUGCUGGCGAAUCGGACGCAGAUGGUUGGGGGAAGGGAGGAUGUGAAUGCUCUGAUGGCCUUCCAGUUGGCGGGCAAGGAAGGUCAGUGGGGUGUCGCUAGAAGAUUGAAGGAUCGUUUGGCUGCUGGUGGCACAGCAGUGGUUCUGAUGGAAGCGAAUGGCAACUGUGGACAGAGACCUGGUCUGGCUGAGCUAAUUUGCUCUCAAAACAAGCUCACGAACUUGAUGCCAGGAUGCCUGCAAGACAUCACCAAGGAGGCAGCCGCAUGUUGGCUACAGCUGGGUGGGAACCCUUUGGCCCACUCCAGUUCGGGCACGCCGUACGUCCUCCUUCUGGGCGACGCUGCGACGAAAGGCUUCUGGCUUCAGCAGGUAGGUUGGACAUCCGCCAUGCUCCACAUCUUCUCCAGUCCGCUCGCCUGGUCUUUGCUCCUCACUGCCCUGGGCCUCUCUGCCGCCCUGCUCCUCCUGCGGGGCCCUCGACCUUGCGACGUCGACGGCGCACCGGACGGCUUCGAGGCGAUGUGCAACGUGGUGAUCUGUGGCGCGUUGGGGCUGUGGAUCGUGCGCUGGGACUGGUGGUUGGGCCUCUGGGUAGUGGUCUUCAUCGGCCCGGCUUUGUGUCGGUGGAAGGGAAAGCUCUUCCAAGAGCCCAUGCUGUUGAUCGCAGCGCGGGGACCUCUACACGUCUUUGGGGCUCUUCUUCGAUUCAUCAGUCUAACGCUGGGGAUCCUGAUUGUCUAUGCCGGCACGCUGGAUAUCCCAACGGCGCAUUACUUCCAGUGCGAGCAGAGGUGGUUGACCUCUGAUCCCAGUGGUUGGGAUCCGCCCUGUUGGCUUUUGGACAGUUCCUUUUUGCAUUGGGCGCAUGAUGUUGGUGCUUGGAUUCCCGUGGUAGGUGCUUGGGUGCCGUUCAUAAAGAUCAACCCUUGGUUCAAAGACAUCAACCGGAAGCUGACUGGCUGGUUGGGGCACCAGCGCUGGGAAUGGGGAUUUGGUUCUAUCUCCGCAGAAGACCUCCUGUGGGCGGCGCUUAUGAUGACGUUUUGCGCGGCAGUCAUCUACAUCUUGAUCUCGAUGAUGUACCUUUGGGUCCACGUGUUCAGCUCUUGUUCAGGCCAAACCAGCACUGACGAGUUGAUGAGGAAGAAUGAGCUUUGGAAGCAGGUGACAGACCUCAUGGAACAAGAGAAGAUACAGCCAGGGCAAAUGAUGCUUCCAGAUGCUCUUGAUCUAGAAGUUGGCUUUGAUGCCAAGAGGCCUUUCAGGAGCUUGUGGGUCAAAGUUGCCCUGAUGUUCCUGGACAUCAUCUUGGAUUUUAACACCAUCUUCCUGUUGCUGGCCUGUGGGAUGUAUCCCUUUGCCUUUGCGAUGACUUUGGUGAUCUCUUACACCAUCAUGCACCAGGUCUUCUUUUGCAAUCUGCUGCAUGUCGUUGAAGCGACACGCCAGAGCGUACAGCGAGGUGUCAUGAGAAACGACUUGGUGACACUCCAUGGAGAGAGAGGCUUCGAAGCCUUCUUUUCGCUUUGUAUCACGUCCUAUAGCCUGGUGUAUUGCGUGAACAGCUUGUUUGAAGCCUUUACACAGCUCUUGAGCCUGACGCUGUCCAUCUACAUGAUCGCCUGGCACCUUGAUGAGCUUUUAGACGAAGACCUGGACGAAGACGCAGAGUUUGAGGUCAUGGAAGGGGAGGAUUCGGAUUCGAUGCCGUCUUUGUCUGACUCCAAUUCAUCUUCGGAAGUGGCAUCGACUCCGGGGACCGAAAGAGGGACUAUCUCAGGCAGAGGGACUAGCUCAGGUGAAGCUGAUGGACCGAUGUGACGCGCGUUUGGACUGGGGCGUCCCACAUGAAAAAAAAGAACAUGCGAGAAAGCUUGCUUCAAGCUGGAGAUCUUUGAUUUGGACUAGGUGAGUUGGUAAACCAUGUCCAAGUAAGAUUAUACUGGCAGGAACAGAUACUGCUGUAGAUCUGAGGUAGAUGUCCCCUUUGGGCAGGCCCGAUGGAUGACCC